GAUCGAGACUGGCUCGGCCUAUGACCUCACCAGUUUCUCGAUGGAGAAGUCGGAGACAUCGAUGGAGAAGUCGGAGAGAAUGGCAUCGCUGCAAUUUUCGCGCUUGCGGGAAAUGAUCGAGAGAUUGCAAGAGUCCAUCAACGGCAUCGAAAAGUCCAUGGACUUUCACUGCGUAACGGUGCGAGAGCUUCAGGCCGUCAUCACCUCGCAGAAUGCCACCAUGCUGGGUCUAGAGGCAUCUGUACAUGCCCUUAAGGCCUCGAGGCCCAGCGUCCCCCACUUCACCGAUUUCACCGACAAGGUUUUGUCUGCGACAUUGCACUGUCCUGAUGCAGAUUUCCACAUGGAAACACCUGCAGGUUCCAGGAAGUGUUCCGUGGACAGAUUGGACACUCCGCUCAGCUUGGCCAGCCCUGGACACAGCCAUGGUCCUGGGGUCUAUUCUCGCAGCCCUGGACACAGCCAUGGUCUUGGGGUCUAUUCUCGCAGCCCUGGGGUCACCAAGAGAACCAGGAUCACUGACAGCAUGGAUUGUGAGAACUUUGUGGAGAGACAUGGGCGGAUGCACGACAACGUGAGAGAGCUGGAAGACGUCAAAGCCGUCAGCCUAAGGAGGCAAAACAACAAACCCGUCGGCAAAACGAGAUCGAAAUCUUCGAAGCCCACCCCACCGACCUCCGAAGCGCUCGGUUCCUCGAUGAAGCCGCCAGCUGGAACCCCUCAGACGCUGCGCCUGGCGCCGGCUCCAUCUCCAGUCUCGGCCACCGUGAGUAAGGCGAAAUUGACCACCUACAAGAGCCAAUCCGUCAGUGAUAUGCCCAGCAUGGUGGGAAAAGGCCAGAUGAGUAUGGAGGCGCUGAGGCAAACCUAUGAUGCUGUGGUCAUUGGCACCACCACUUCACCCGCUUGUCCAACUGACGAGGAGAAUUUGAAGCUUGGCCAGUCGGCAUUCCCAUGUUUGGGGCGCUUUCUCUUGUGCCUGGUGGGUCAUUUGCAGUUCGGCACUGGCUUGCCGUCCUGGCUCUUCUCCUUCUUCAGCUUUGCCGUUCUACCAAUCUCCUUGACCGGGCUGCUGGUUUGUGCCACGGUGGUGAUCUCGGGGGCAAGCACCAACUGGAGUAUGACCAUGGUCCUGACACUUAGCUUCUUCCAGUUGGGCGUCUCCUUUGCCAGUGUGAGCUUUAAGCUCAAUGACAUGGACUUGCUGCUGGGGCCAGCUGAGAAUCAACUCGACGACUAUGCCGAAGGGAGAGGUUUCAUGAUAGAUUGGCAGAGGUUGUCUCGAAGGCGCUUGGUUGAAACCGUGUGCGUCUUUGUAUGCAUGAUGAUCGGGAGAGCCUUGGUGAACCUAUCCUUUGGUCAACGCUUUGGCGGCUUUGGCGACCGACUGGUUGCAGAGCAAGGCUUUGAUGUGGCCGUGUUUUCUUGGUGCAUGUGGCUCAUGAUCAUCAGAUUUCUUUUGCUUUGCUAUUCCUUCUUGCACGAUAGCUUCACUCUUCGCUUUUUCAACGAACUGGACAUUGAGGAGGCUUUGGAGGAAUGGAAUGUACUCCAAGCUGCCCUCCGACAGGUGUCCAGUAAGAUGAGUUCUUCCUUGCUGGCCAUCGGAUUUUGCGCUUUGGCUGGUCUGGCCAUUUUGGCCGAACAUGUGAUUUUCAGGACCAACGGGGACAUGGAAAUCGUGGCAAAUUGGCUCUUGCGAUUUUAUCCGUUGAUCCUCUUCUUUCUCUACAGCAUCAUGCGCGUGGCGGAGGUCACCGAAAAAGCCAGCCGUGUGGCGCCUUUGGUCAAUUCCUGGCAGUUUGAUCACGACGAUGGCAGUUUGACCGGCUGGAUGGAUCCAGGGUUUCUAUUUGAGAGGAACACAGCUGACAAUGCCAACCGCUCAGA